AUGGCAAAUUACAGCAGCUCAGGUUCUAACACCAGCAGCGGUAGCGACACCAGCAAUUCUCUCGGUUUCAAGAGCAAACCAUCAUCAGCAGCCCACUCAUUGAAGAUAACACCCGCAAAUUCUCCCAUUUUCAAGCCAGCUUCGAAUUCGAGAACUCCCUACAAAUCAGCGAGUUAUCUCACCACACUUUCCCUCCAAACCGUUAUUGGCACAACAACAUCAAACCCGAAUGGUUUCUCGUACCAUGAACCCUCCCGUUCUUUUGCGUUGUGCGCAGGCUCCGCUGCGGUUCUCGCCGAAUUGGAUGAGGACUUGACUGUCUCUCAGCGGUUCUUUCGAGCACGGCCAACAGCGACCGGUAUCAACCCGGUACUCUCCUUCUAUAAUCCCCCAGGUCCGCCAACUACACCAGAAUCACGACUCAGGCCACCACAGAACUUGCUACGGGCAUCUACGCCGUCCAGUUCACCGUUAUUUACCAACUCUCCUAGUACAGCGGACUGGACAGAGAGCAAUGGGUCAAGAUCGUGGACGUCGCGGGAAAGAAUAAAGGCAGUCACCAGUGUCUCUCUAAGCCCUAACGGCAGGUUUCUGGCAGCUGGAGAGACUGGCUAUAACCCACGUAUCCUCUUGUUUUCUACAGCCAAGGACUCUCCUGCAGAUGUUCCCCUCUCGAUAAUCACAGAACACACCUUCGGCGUUCGAAGUCUCGCGUUCAGUCCUAAUUCGCAGUUUCUAGCAAGCUUAGGCGAUAUUAAUGACGGAUUCCUCUAUAUCUGGCAAAUAAAUCUUAGAAAUGGCUCCGCGAAGCUUCAUUCGACGAACAAAUGCACGUCUUUUGUUCGAGAUAUGUGUUGGAUGGGAAAUAACUUAAUUACAGUUGGGAUAAGGCACGUCAAAGUUUGGAGGCUCGGAGAUGUCGGUAGGCCAUCUUCCCCGUCAAAGCAGCGGCCCAGCGCGGACUCCUCCAGUAUAUCUAGCAGUCCACUGCCAAUAGCCUUGUCCGGGAGGAAUUGUCUACUAGGCAAUCUACACCAUAGCACAUUUACGUGUGUCUCCAGCAUUUCCGAUGACGAAGCAAUUAUAUGCUCUGACUCGGGGGUUGUCUGUUUUCUGGAUGACUCCAAUGGCCAGCAAAAACUUCAAUACGUCAAGAGAUUUGAUAUUGGUGUUUCAUCUGUUGCCGUAGAUUGUAGCUCUGGCUUCAUUUGGUUUGGUGGUCGUGGCAGGCAGCUAGAAAAAUGCUCAAUAGAUGAAAUAAGAUCAUCUCCUAUGCUCUCACCAACUUCAGCAAAUAUCGAUACCCAACCAUGCUCUGCACCAAAAAAGGCUGCAAUCGUUUCCAUGGGCAUAAUUAAUACUCAUAUGAUAACAGUUGACUCAUGCCGAACCCUACACAUAUGUCCCCUUGACCCGUUGAGUAAGGACAACAUUGAGAGUGUGGCGGAUGUCUCCGUAUCCGCACAUCGGGAUUCUGUGUUAGGCAUCAGCACUGUUGAGACACCCAACCCCAAAUCCGCGGAAUUUUUCACCUGGUCGUGUGGCGGAACUGUCAGAUUCUGGAAUGUGAAGGGAACCUGCUGUGAUACAUAUAAAGUCGACCUGGAGCAAAUCUCGGAUGAGGACGAGGACGCAAACGAAUUAAAAGUUUUACGGGCCACAGGCGGUAUUAAAAUGUUUGUUUCCGGGGAUAGAUAUGGUGUAAUAAGGACAAUCAACGGGGAAACAUGGCAGUGUCAAAAUGAAGUCAGAGCGCAUGGAGCUGAAGUAACGGAUAUCGCGAUCUACUCGGAUCCUAAUACAAUUUUGAUUGCAAGCUGUGGGCGUGACAGGAUGGUUCAAUUGUUCAGAAGCACCGAUUACUCAAUCGAUGUAAUACAAACGAUGGAUGAGCAUGUCGGCGCCGUUGGGCAGUUACUAUUCACCAAAGACGGUAAAAGGUUGCUCUCUUCCUCGGCAGACAGGACAGUUAUUAUUCGCGAACGAAUGACUCGAGAUGACGACGGUGUCUCUACUGUUGCCUUUCUUCUCUCAAAAGUUAUCACGCUGAAGGCAUCGCCCGUCUCGAUGAUAACCCCUCCUGGUGAUCCAGAUACGCUUAUCUUAUCCACGAUAGAUAGGCUUAUCCAGAGAUACCAUAUACCGUCUAGCCGCCAGGUUCAUUCUUUCCGCGUUGUUGACCCGGAAAGCGGUGAUACCGCAGUCAUGAGCUCACUUAUUCUCGAGAGGGAUUAUCCAGAAUAUGGCCCAAGACUACUGAUUGGUGUAUCAACAACCGAUAAAUCUAUAAGGGUGUACGAUUCGGAGAAGGAUACACUCCUGACUCGAGAAUUUGGCCACACUGAAGGAGUCAGUGAUGUUGUACUUCUCGAAACCAACGAGCCAAACCCACCUGGUGUUAUCAAGAGAACACUCAUUAGCACUGGCCUGGACGGAGUAAUCAUGGUGUGGAAUCUCUCUACCCAACAACAAUACUUGCAGGAAAGCCCACAUCUCGUUGCUCAUCCUGAAGAGGAGACUCCAACGAAAGAGCUUACCGCUGCCAAACCUCCACUUCGUCGUAUACUCUCUAAAACCGAAUUGGCUGGAUUCCAAAAGCCUGAUAGUAUCUUAUCGACUCCAACUCCCGUUCGUGACUCUCCUCCCCGUAUCCGCAAAAAGACCUCUAGACAUGUGUUAGGGGGAGGCUUUAAGAGCGGCAUCAAUGGCGUAUCAACAGUAUCUACACCGCCACUCCCUCCUCCUCGUCGAUCACCCACCACACCAUACUCAGAUAGCAGGAAUCAGGGCAACCGGUCUCCCUCACCCCCCAGUCCUCGGCAGCUGUCCAGGACUAUAACCAACAAAACAAGCAGUGGCAGCCUCCGAGCCAGCGGGAGCGUACGGCGGCCAUCUAUGCUUGAAGUUCGCACUCGCACCUCCAGCAGACCCAACUGGAACUCGUCACCCAACAGCAAUUCACCCAGUGAAUUUGGAAGUCUUAACAUGUCCACUGAACAAGUCUGCCGGACCCUACGAGCGUAUCGCAAAAAGCUAAACAUCUCACCAGAUAAAUUCAGCCUCCAGGGAGCCAGUGAACUCGAGCGAGAGCUCGAUCUUACUGUCCGCUCCUUAGGCGACAGGAUGAAAAAAACACAACUUAACGGAACGAAAAAGGAUUCCCAUUCCAACGGAAACACACCCUCCACUUGCAGAAAUAAAGACUUAUCACCUCUAGCUCCUAAGCAAGCUCGAGUCGCUCGUCGAAUACCUUCAACCCCUAAUCUAGGCCAAGCGCGAAAAGAGAAGGGAUAUCGAACUAACUCUCUCGAUGCCGAUGGAGAAGGAUAG